AUGGAUUUCCGUUUUUCCGUUUUGCAGCCUGUCACGGGUUUUCGGCAUUUCGCAGAAGGGAUCACAAAACUCAAACAGGUUAUGGGUCGCUGUCAACAAGACAUCCAACGUUCUAUCAUCGCAGUUAGUGCAGAUGUAGCACCCCGUGGAGUUCUCAUCGCCGUACGCACACUCAUGGAUUUCCACUAUCUUGUACAGUCACCAUCCAUCGAUGAUAACGACUUAGUGCGCAUCUCAGCAGCAUUGAACGAGUUCCACGCAAACAAAGAUUCAAUCAUUGAUGCUGGGGUUUGUCGUGGCAAGGGCAACAAAGUGAUCAAUAAUUGGUACAUACCGAAACUGGAGCUUAUGCAGAGUGUCGUACCCAGCAUUAGGAACUCUGGAGUCACAGCUCAGUGGUCUGCAGAUGUUACUGAGCACGCGCAUAUCACCGAGAUUAAGGACCCAGCGAGAUCAAGUAACAACAACAAUUACGAUCCGCAGAUAUGUCGCCAUCUCGAUCGACUCGAUAAAUGUCUUCGGUUUGAGCUCGCUACCACCCUUCUAGAUGAGAAGCAGAAUGUCAAGGCAUUAGCCGAUGCAGCAGGGAGUCAUAUGGACAACAAGGACACUGACGAUGCUGAUUUGGAUGAUGAUUUACCUGUUGAGUUCUUAUCUACAAUUCAGCAUGGUCGCUCACGUCCAAUUACGAAUCAUUUUGCAAUUGCCCAGGUCCUGCAGCACAAACCUAUGGGCUCUGUACCUCUACCGUUGCGUUUGUUUGUCGUUGGGCACACCACCUUUCAUUUAGCUUAUAAACCUUCCAUCUGA